AUGUCUCACAACCUGUCCUAUCACCAGAUGCGUCUGGUGAAGGCCACCAUUCCCGAACUUCGCUCGCAGGGCGAAAGGAUCACGGAAAUCAUGUACGGCAACAUGUUGAGGGCCCACCCAGAGCUCAACAAUAUGUUCAACUCAGUCAACCAGGCUAAUCACAGGCAACCCCGUGCCCUGACGUCUGUCAUCCUGGCGUUUGCGAGCGCCAUUAAUUACGACAUUAGCGAGCUGAUCCCCAAGCUGGAGCGGAUGUGCAACAAGCACUGUUCUCUGGGGAUCAAGCCCGAGCACUACGAGAUCGUGGCCACCUACCUCAUCGACGCCUUCAGCGUCGUCCUCGGACCGGCUAUGACACCAGAGACGAAGGAGGCCUGGAAUAGAGCAUACUGGAUCCUGGCCAAGAUGCUCAUAGGCCGGGAGAAGCAGUUGUAUAAUGUCUUUGGGCCCUGGAACGGCUGGGCACCCUUUCAAAUCAUCAAGAAAGAGUCCGAGACGGACGACAUCGUCUCCUUCUACCUGGCCCCACAGAACAAACGACCACUGCCGGGAUUUCUGCCAGGCCAAUACAUCUCCGUCCAGGUGCCCCUCCCCAAGGUCGGCUACAUGCAGUCACGACAGUUUUCGCUCAGCGACGCGCCCCACGAGGACUAUUAUCGCAUCACCAUCAAGAGGGAGUCGGGCGGGCAGGUCCCCGGCUCGAAGACAGCCCAGACCUACCCAGUGGGCCAGAUGACCAAUUAUCUCAUCGACCAGAUGAACCCAGGCGACAUCGUGGACGUGACGCACCCGGCAGGCGAGUUCUACCUCGACACGACGCAGUCGAGCAGCGUGCCGCUGGUGCUGAUCUCGGCAGGCGUCGGCGUCGCGCCCAUGGUGUCCAUGCUCAACGCCAUGAUGGACCUCCAGCCCACGAGGGAGAUCUCGUGGAUCCACGGCGCCCGCCGCAUGAUCCCCUUUUGCAACCACGUGCGCGACGCCAAGCGCCGCAUGCCCAACCUGCGCACCAACAUCUUCAAGACGCAUCUCGCAGACGGCGACCUGGCCGGCGUGACGCACGACUACGACUUCAGGGUCGACCUGGCCAAGGUUAACCGCGACGACCUGCACCUCGGCCAUGGCGGUGCUGAGUACUACAUCUGCGGGCCCGAGCAGUUCAUGAUCGAGAUGGCCGACUACCUGAAGAUGCAGGGUGUCGAGCUGCGGCGGAUGAAGUUUGAGUUGUUCUCCACAGGCGACAUGGUCGAGGUCAAGUGA